CUAUACUGUUUGCUUGGCGGCAGCCCUGCUGACAGCGUGCGGAGCCAUCUCGUGCCCUCUGAAGGAGGGAGAGUCCACAGCCAGCUGGCAUGCAGAGGGGUAAGUGAGAGAUGGGGGUGUCAGACUUCAGAAGGUUUUUGCUUAACGUCGCAAGAAAAGAACAGCGUGAUAUGAUGACUCCUGUGUAGAGAAGAAUCACAGCCUCUCAAAGAGGAUUAAAAACAAGUGGUUUACAGCAAACUGCGCUUCUAUUUUGAGUAGCGGUGGUGUGAGCUGUUUUCCUGAAUGCUUCACAGAUUAAAUAUUGGCAAGUGAAAUGAAAGGUGUGUGGAGAUGGAUAAAGACAUUCAGCUGAGGCGCAGGGAAGCGGGGCGUUAAAGGAAGCAGCUUCCAGAUAGCAGGUGGCGCUCAGAAUUUCUGCCUUGCCUUAGCAGCGGCCAGUGACCUUUCUCGUUAUUUCAUGUAAGGCUGUGUGAUGCUUUUCUGGGCCCCAUAGUCUAAAAACCUGUUGAAUGCACGUUCUCACUGCACCAAACACCUGCUCUGAUCUCUGCAGAACAUCACUGAUGCUGGGAUAUCUGAUCCCGCUGUGCAUUAGGCCGUUUGAACGGUGGCUUGGGAUGUGUGCUGUGCAUCUGGACUGCAGAGUGGGCAGCGCUGUGCUCCAGGGGAGGGUCAGAGAUGCGUAUGGGUGUGCCUGUGUGAGUCCUACAGCAGGGCUAGCUGGCUCCCCGUGGGUGCUCAGCUUCCCUUGGGUUGCCAGGGUUUGAGAUAAUCCCUCAGCAUGGAGCGAGUGAGUGGGUUUGAAAUAGGCCGGUGAGUUCUGAAGGUGGUUGUGUGGGUGCGUGCCUUGCAGAAGCAGGCCCAGAGCAGGGGGGUUUUGAGAGGUGCUGGGGGAGAAAUCACUGUAGUGGAAUUGCAGUGAGGUUGCAGCCAGCAAUUGCUUUAUAACUGGCAGCUCUGUGUUUGCUUUUUGUAUUGCUACAGCCCGUUAAUUAGUAUGUUCAGUCAGGGGCCUUGAUCCUUGCUGAGCCUGACCCAGCACCAAACUCUUUGUGCCAGUAUUUAAACUCUCAAAGCACUUACCAAUUUAUGUGACUGCUUUUAAGACAACAGAAAGACCUGGUUUUGUGUUUUUUAGCAUAACACCUCCUGGAUCUGCAUUUGGUUCCCUUCUGUGCUCUAAGUGCCAGCACCCGGUGCAGCUCAAAGUGUUAGGAGUUAAUCCCUAAAAAUCAAAGUCUUUGCUGGAGAAUAGUAAAUCAGUUCUAACUACACCUUUUGACCCAAUUUGUGAGUCUUCUGCAGCUGAGCAGCUGGCAAUUAGAGGCUGAAGUUGCAUGUGUGAAAUGCAACUUUUACUAUUCUCUUCUCACGUCGUGCCUUCUGUGUCUAUAAAUACACCGUCCUGCCUGUUGGUGAGCAGGAUCUCGGGCCAAGACGUGUGGCAACACGCAGUGUCGAGGAGGUGGGGGUAGGUCUGGACUUGCAUUCAGUUAAAUUUGAUCUUCACUAGGCCAGGACUGGGAUCUGCUCCCUCCCUCGCCCCACUGGCCUGCGGCGGGAGCGGUUGUGCCCUUCGUGCUGUCUCGGUGGAGCAGCACCAGUUCCCCUCCCGGGAUGGGAGGUGUUCUAUGUUGCUGCCAUGCAGAAAAGCGCCGAGCACCAGUUAGGUGCUGCAAGCAGCGAUGCCUGCUCUCUGCUGAAAGAAUACGGUGCAGAGAGGGAAUCUGCGGUGCUGGGGGCUUCCCACAGCAGCUGGGUGCCUUGUGUGGUUCCCGCUGCUUUUGUACCUCCUGCAGCCUCUGGUGCUUCUGUCUGUCACCCUGCAUGUGCUGGUUUUGGUUGUGUGUUGGAGUCAUUUUCUUGCCUUUCAGGUGGACAGAAGAAGAGCUGACUUUGAUUAACAGCUGGGCCUUCCAGGGGGAGCGAGUGAUCCAUGGCAAUCCCUCGGGUGUGGAUAAUGCUGUUGGUACCUGGGGUGGAGCCCUGAGAUACCAAUCAGGAAAAAUCACACCAUUAAAGAGGGUGCCGACGCUGAGGAUUUUGCUGACCAACACGCAAGUCCCUCGAAGCACCAAGGUCCUGGUGGCUGGUGUCAAAGAGAAGAUCCUGAAGGUGCAGCACCUCCGUGGUCGUGGGGAUGGAAAUGCAUGCUGGGGUAGGUUCCCUGCUAUAAUGAACCCGGUGCUGGACUCCAUCGAUGCAAUUUCUCAGGAGUGCCAAAGUGUUCUGGAAGCGAUGCCUGCAAAUCCAUCACCAGAGUAUUACCCUGUGCUGGAGGAACUCUUUGAUAUAAACCAACACCACUUAAACGUCAUUGGAGUUGGCCAUCCCUCCCUGGACAGGCUGUGCCGGGUGACGGCGUCCCACGGCCUGCACAGCAAGCUGACCGGGGCUGGCGGGGGCGGCUGUGGCAUCACCCUGCUGAGACCAGACACCUCCCUGCUGGCCGUGGAAGCAGCCAAGCGAGACUUAUGUGCCUGUGGAUUUGAAUGCUGGGAGACCAAUAUCGGGGCCCCCGGAGUGACCCUGCACCACUCCUCGUCUUUAAACAGCAAAGUGCUGCGCGCGCUCUCCGAGGGUUAAGCUUCUGCCUCUGGCAAGACUGAGCUCUUGGUGCCACAUCCUCGGAGCGAUAGCUGUGCGUGCCCUGAUGCCUGGAAAAUUCUCUCCCGCUCUCCUUUGUGGCUGUGGGCCUCUAGACAUGGGUGCGGAGCCAAUUUCGGGCCUGGUGUCACUGGGAGUAGGGGCUACGAUGAGGAUCUGGGAGCAACUGCUUGCACUUGGGCUAGGGUGUGAGUUUGACUCAGGCUCUCAAAAUCCUGGUUUGAAUUUACUUCUCAACUGCUGUGCUAAUCCCAAGGGGCAGGAGGAGAGGGUCUUGGCUGGAUUCCAGUGCGGAUAAUGACACUUUGCUUGGUUCUGCUGCUUCAGAUGCAUGUGGUAUAUCUUCCCUUCUCCCCUGGCGUCUGGCGAGGGCAGGCAGCGAGGCUGGCAAGGUGGAUGUGCGGAGCGCUUUGACAUUUUGGGGUGAAAAGCAUCUUGGCAGCUAUGGGCUUUGAUGCUCAGGCCUCCAUUUCUCCUGGACUGCAAUUCACAGUGGAGAGGAAACCUUUAAAUACAGCUCUUAGCUGCUACUAAUUAAGAGCUGGAUAAUUAAAAUGAAAGAAACAGCACAUUUUUAAUGGUAUUAUCUUUUUUUUCUCUUUCCCAUCCUCUCUGCUUGGGCUGAUAAGCAGGGUCUCGUAGCCAGGCUCUGGUUUCUCUUGACAUGCAGGAGAUCAGGUUCAAAUAGGUCCUUGUCACCGCAAGGAGGGCGGCAGAAGGCAAAGGCAGUCGUAACACUGCUACGUGCAAUGGCAGCUCUGGGAUCUCUCACACUUCGGUCUUAAAAACGAGCAUGUCCUUUGCCCCUGCCUGUUGUUGGCCGUGCGAAACCUGCCUCUGCCUGGGCAGGGUGGAGGGGAUCAGCGACAGAGCAAACACAGAUUCGGUUUUGUUCGUAGUAAUUGGGUUUAAGUAGAGGGGGGGAAAAAAAGGAAACCACAAAAAACCGAUACCCACCUCCUCAAAAGCUGACCAUAACUUGCAAUUGGCAAACUAUAAAACCUAAAUGCAUUUAAAGUUAUUGCACAAAGGUAAAUGCAGUUCUUGCUUUUGAAACUUUAAUGAGUUGUACCACAGGACUAGAGGGAAUUGGUGGGUAAGUGUCUGAAGCCAGAGGAUCUUGGAGUAAUAAGCUGAUGCAGUGGCUGUGGUCUCUUCUAUACCUGCCAACGAGAUUUUUACCAUUAUUCUGUUUGUCUGGGGGGUUUUUAAGCGUAGCUCUGUUCAAGAAUUGCUUUGGUCAAAGCUGAGUAAUAAAUUGGUAGUGGUGGGGGAGCUUGCCUUCCUCUUCCAGUGCAGAACAACAAAAAAAAAAAAUCAAGUGCAAGAAGUUGAGAUGCACCAGCUCUAAAAUCCAGGCGUCGUGAUGACCAGCUUUAGUUCACUGAUUGCCUGUAAAACUGUCUCGGGUUUUAAUAAAUUGGUGGGGUUUUAUGUGCAAAGUGUUCUUUGAUAAUUACGCUGGAUACAAAAGGGAAAGCGUACCUUACACUGCUUCAAUAAAAACAGGUUUCAGAUGCUGGGUUUCUACAUGUCUAAUUACAAUUCCAAUUUGCAUCCAAGAGCGGCUUUACACUAAUCACAAGUCAGAAAGCCUGAUAAAUAAUUUACCAUUUUCUAAUACAGUGUAAUCAAUGUGAGUAUCUGGGAGCAUGUUGACUCUAUAACCACUUAAAUGUGUCUGUAGUUCCUCCUGCUUAGCACAAAGAGAUGCCAAAUCCAGCGCACAGAAACUUCGCUUCAAAACAACGUGUCUGGGGCUGAUCCUCAUUAGCUGCCUCCCUCGGAAGACGGCCUGGCAGCCACG